AUGGCUGCCACCAAGAAAGCUGCAGACCACACCCUCUACCAUCUCGCUCCUCGCGGCUUCUGGAAGAAAUUCCGUGAUGCAACGGUCGUGAACCCCGACAUCUCCAGCGGUCUUCCUCUCGCUGCCGUCAACAGACGUCCCCAACCUGCUUCUCGUCCAGAGAAAUACAGCACUCCCGCCACGAAAGCCUCUGACCCCGCUCAGAACCCGUACUGGAAACGAGAUGUUCGCCGCGCGUACCCUCAGCUUUCCGUUGUCACCCAGAGCGAGCUCUCGACCCUUUUGAUCCAACAUUCAUCCGCACCUGCGUACGUCUAUCAUAUCAAGUUCAUCCUGCCUCCCCGCAUGCUCACACAACUCGCACCAUCAGAAACCAAGGAAGGCGACGCCUCCGUCCCCGCCACCGCUCCCAAACCCGUCGAACUCACCGAAGCCAUCGCCACCAUCUCCUCCGCUGCGAAAGCCUACUCCGCCUCGAAGCUCCCCCCGUCCCUCCCCACUCCUAACAAGCGAUGGAUACCCGAGCUCGCCCCAGAUGCGCCUCAUGAUCCGAAUGCGUAUUUCCCUAUGAUACUUGUGAAGUAG